GUCACGUUACCUUCAAACCCGGCUGGGACACGAACAUUUUCAUCUCUAAUUCAAGACGGCAUUGCACCUCUCAAAAGAGGUCCAAAACACGACGCGCUUCUCCGGAGCAGGGAGGAGAGAGAGAGAGAGCGGAGCAGCUCACAGCAUGUACCGGGCGGUGGUCUGACCGGAGCCGACACCAAACUUAAAUGGCACGGAGGGAGCUGAGCGCUUCACCUCGCCGGAGACUCCACGAGAAUUAAAGAGCGGCGUGAGGCUGAAGAGUCCCGCUGGGAUCAGAUAGGCAGGAAUUCGGCCCUCCCCCAGCGGUGUUGACGGACCCCAGACUCCAAACCCCCGUGGCUCGGAAGGGACCAGCUCUUUGGCUUCACGUGGACGACAGGGAUUCACACAUCGCCUCCCGGGGGGGUUUUGACGCUUCUGAUUGGACGUUGCCUCAGUUCAACCGGCCCCUGCAGCUUUCCAGCUUCAACCUAUUUAUGUUUUUUCUUCCAUUUUGCUCUCUUGUAUCUUGGACUUGAAGUUUCUGCCUCAAAAUCCAGCCGACGACGCCGUUUGCAACUUUGUUUUCCAUCAGAAAAGAUGGAAACUUGUUCAGCCACCACCACUGAGUGGGUGGAUUAUUGAAAAGAGACCUGGCGGAGCUUUUGGGAGAAUUGAAAUGGAUGUUUGCUGCCGUUGAAACACCUGUGAAGCUGCGGAGUUCAUCUGUAAUCUUGUGGAAUAACUAAUGCGUCCAUGUGUGUGUUUAUCCUGGGACUCAGACACAUUUCCAUGUAAACGAGGAGUGCUGCAGCGGAGCUGAUUUCUAAAACAUCUGGACGGAUUUUGAUUUCCUGCAGUUUUCUGAUCCAAUUAGGAGGUUCGAGACCUUUUUGUAGCUUAAUUAAAAAACAGAGACUUCAUUUUUUCUUAAAAAAAAGCACAAGAUAUUGUCUUUGAGUCUUUUCAUGAAUUUGUUGGUGGUGCAGGAAGUUUCUCUUUUCCAGACACAUCACACAGCCUCAAAAGUGUAACAUCCUGCGAUUUACGUUCAUUCAUCUCUAAACGAGGUGGACAGACAUUUAAUGUAAUAAAAUGUCACAUUUUUAUUUUUUAUUUCACUUUCACUUUUUACUGACGGACAGCCCUUUAUAAACAAAAACAAAGACAGGACCUGCAGCACAUCUUAUUGGCUGAAUGUUUCUUGAUUUUUAACCGUUAUUAAUUCACUUCAUCACUUACUACUUCUUUUGGCAAUUCUAAGGAUUCUGGAAAUAAUUCGUCUUGGAUCGUUUCAACAAGAAAGCAGAAACCAUUUUGACGUCCGUUUCAAGCAUCGAGUGAAAGAGCGGCCAUCUUGAAACAAACCUGUCAUUGUGAUGACUCUGAAGGAUGUUGUAACCUUAACUGACUUUUCAAGGGAAGCGGCUGAACUGUCAUCUCCUGUUAACGGCUUCAAUCUCCGCUAGUUUCCACCUUGGAUAGCAGCAUUUAGUUAAAUCUGCAAUAUCGUUUUUUUUUUCAUCACAGAAUGUGAUAAAAGUGCCAGAAUUAGUCGUAUUAAUCACAGAGAGACGAGCCGCAAGCUUGCUAAGUUUCAGAGGAAAACGGGACCCCGCGUACAUCCCAUCCUGUGCGUCUGAAAUCGAGUUGGAGGUGGGGGAACUCUCAGCCCAUCCAGUCAUCGCCAUGGUGAUGUCGCAGGGCACCUACACCUUCCUGGCCUGUUUCGCCGGCUUCUGGUUGGUCUGGGCCCUCGUCGUCAUGCUCUGCUGUUUCUGCAGCUUCCUGCAGCGCCGGCUGAAGCGCCGCCACGAGGAGCGGCUGAGGGAGCAAUGUCUGCGGACCGUAGAGAUGGAGCCGCUCAGCUGUCACCCCGGUGGAUACCCGCCUCCGCCUCCUCCUCCACCGCAGCCUCCCUUACCACCUUUACAGCUGCCCAGGGAGCCACCGCAGUUUUGCCCCCCACAAACCCUGUCGCCGCCGCCGAUUCCUCUGCAGGUCCCUCAUCUCAUGCCGCAAGCUAACUGGGUCAGCAUGCCAGACACAGAGCUAUUUGGGAAACCACCCUGCUAUGAGGAGGCAGUUCUGAUGGAGGAUCCUCCUCCGCCCUACAGUGAGGUCUUGGCCGACCCGCGGGGGGGCACCUACCUGAAGCCAGCCCCGCUCCGUGCCGCAGCGCCUCCGCCUCCGAGGGAACACCAGGAUCCUGCUCCAGUGUUCACGUCCGAGACCAGCAAGCCUCCCGUUAUGGCCGUGUUCCCCGAGCGAGGUUACUCCUCCCUGAUACGCCUGCCUUCGUCCCAGCGCUGGGACUCCCUGGGUCAUCUCCUGUCCAACAUGGACCUGAACCACAACAACCUCACCCCGCCGCCGGGGGCCCGCUCCAUCCAGGCUGCCGCCGCGAUGGCUACCAUGCCCCGCCGAGAGCCCAGGACUCACCACGAUGGACUUGGGCUAAGAGGUGGAAUACAAGGACUCCAAGGAAGCAUACAAGGACUCCAAGGAGGCAUACAAGGACUUCGAGGAGGGAUACAAGGACUCCAAGGGGGGAUCCAAGGAGGCUUACAGGGGCUUCAGGGAGUCCAUGGUCUAAGGGGACUGGAGCCCGGAUGUGGCCUGCCAACGGCCUUCCCCCUGCUGGGUCGUAGCACGGCUGUCUAGACCUGGACGCUGACUGGAGGAGUCUAACUGACCAAUAAGUUGGUCCAUCUCUGGAGAGCCUUCAAAAGGAGGUGAUCUACAAAAGAUAGACUUCCUGUGUGCCUCCUUUGCGGCUCCGUGUUUGCAGCACUAACACUGCUAGUAGUAGAGAUUAAUUGCCCUGAAAGCGCUGAAAAAGAAAAGAAAAUGAGGGUUAAAGAGCUGCGAAAGGCGCCAGGAGUUCAAUUCCCGGUGCAGCGCCGUAGGCGGAGGGCGCCACUUACUCGGCUUUCAACUACGUGUGCGAGUAAAAGGAGGAAAUUACACAGUUUCACGCCGUUGUUGUGAAGUUACAGAGGCACCCCGGUGUCAUGUCGACGCUAAUUGAGUCCAAGUUCUUUUGACCAACAGAGGAGAAAAGACCAGUGGCGUGGAUCAACAGGCACAGCUGUGUCUCUACCUUUCAUCCAGACUCCCUCCGUUUUUCAUCUCCCCCUCUCACUCUGUUCAUCCCUCUCGUCUCUCUGUGCCUAUUGUACCAGUCUGCCGUUGCCAUGGCUCCCGGGAACUGUCUGUUGCCCACGACGACCUCUCCUCUUUUUUGUUUUUUGCGCUCCGAUUCUUCGGAGACUUCGUUCACGGCUCGUCUGUCCGAGUAUUUUACGGUCACGAAAGAACACGCGGUGGCGCCUCGGCGGGACUCGGCCCGCCGUGUUUGUGGCGUUGGUGUUUCUGAAACAGAAAAGGUAGAGGACCGGAAGCUCUCCAGAGGACCAAGUGGACUCGGAUUGCUUUUUUUUUUUGUAACAUGCUGCUUUGUUGUUUUUGCGAUGUCUUUAUUACAAACUGUUGCCGUUUGUCUUCAAUCUUGGAAUUUCGGGUUUUGGAGUUCACAGGACGGCGUCGGGUCAUUUGCGCGAAUAACAAUUUUAUUGAAUGUACAAAUUGACAUCAUUCUUUUAAGCUUUGUGACAAAUGCCUUUUCUCUUGUGAAAUAAAACAUCUUCAGCAGC